AUGUUAAAUUAUUUUUUAUUAUUUAUUAUUUUGUUUGGAUUAAAAGAUUGUUCGUUACAAUCUGAGAAGAAUAUUAGUAGUAUUCCCUCUAACAAACUUUUAACACAAAAAUUAUUUAAAGAAAAAAGUGUAAUUGAAGAAGAGGAAGAAGAAGAAGAAGAAACCUUUUACGAUCCAAAGGAAAGUUUUUCAAAUUCUUUAGCAAUUUCUGAAGAAAAAGAAAAAGAAAUUGAGAUUUUUAAGGAAAAACUUUCAAAUUCUUUAGAAAUUUCUGAAGAAGAAAAAGGAGGAGAAGAAGAAGAAAUUGAAAAUGAGAAUGAUUUAUUAGAAUGUAAACCUUCACUUUUAAAUAAACUAUUUUGUUUAUUUGUGCUUAUUUCACCUUGUUUUGCUUCAAAAUGUUUUGUUACUCCAAAAGGCCCUCCUUUAAAUUCUCUUUUAAAAAUUCAACAUAUUCACCGUGUAGAACAACCAUUUUUCAUGAAUUAUUUAAAAACCCGGCAAAAUUCAAUUACUAAUUCGAAAUGUGAAGAGGAAUUUCGAGAAAAUAAAAAAAUCUAUAAAUGUAAAGCUUUAAUUGAUAAAAAUGAGAAAUAUAAAAUAAAAUUAGAGAAAAAUGGAAAAAAUUUAUUUGAUGGAGAAAUUGAACCUAUUAAAUGUAAAGAAAAAAAUAUUUGUAAAAAAGAUACAUUUAAAGUAAAAAAUUUAAAAAAGAAAAAUUCCCAAAAAAAGGUUUGGAAAUAA